GUGGGCACAGUGACAAAACCCCACCUGAGGGGAGAUGUCGCGCUCGGCGCUGCGUGCAGGCAGAUGGGGAAGGAAUCUGAUCCGACCCGGAGUAACAGGGGCUGGGCUGGGCUUGCUUGGGCUCGGUGGAAGCGUUACUGGGGCUGAAAAGAGGCUCUGGGACUCAUUUUGCAGCUUCACAGGUGUCCUUUCCUCCUGCUGUGCCCAAUUCCAGGUCAUUGUGCAGCCAGAGCGUAACGGGGGAGUAUUUCCGAGCAUUCCUGCACUCCAGCUCCCUGGAAGGAGGGUGAAGGUGAGGAUGGAUGAGCCGAGUGAAGUUAUACCAGAGGAGUCAUCCGCAGCACUGCCUGAGCCCAAGGGGGCUGUUUGCAGCCCUCGCUCGGGCUCCGGCCACGGAGAGCAGGACACAGAGCAGAGGAGCAGGGAGGAUGAGCCGUCACGGGAGGAUGAGCGGCGAGAUGGCUCUGCCAGCCUGGUGUGGGCAGCCAGGCCAGGGAUGCUCUUCCAGAAGGACAGGCAGACCAGCAUUCAUCCCCUCAGCCUGUCCUGGGUGUUUGGCUUCAACAGCGGCCUGGCCGUGCACAGCCUGAUGGACGGGGAGGACCGGGUGCUCCUGUACAUCUCGUCCCACACAGUGGUCAUCCACGACAUUCUGAGGAACAGACAGUACCACCUGCAGGGACACAUGAAUGCCAUUUCUUGCCUGUGUGUGAGUGAAGACAGGCGCUGGGUUGCAACAGGUGACCGAGGGCCAGAUGCUCUCAUCAUCGUGUGGGACUCCUACUCUGGGAUACCGGUGUGCACCAUCUUUGAGAGUCAUCCAGAGGACGGGGUUGGUGCUAUUGCUAUUUCCAGGGAUGCAAAGUAUUUGGCAACAAUCAGCGCUGGUACAGUGCAGAGAGUUUGUGUUUGGAAGUGGACUUUGCCCACAGAGAAACCCCUGUGCAGCACAGAUCUGAGGCCUGAGUUUGGCUACCAGGAUUAUGUAAUAUUUAACCCUCAAAAUCCCUACGAGUUUGUCAGCAACAGCGAAACCCAGGCGAUAUUUUACACAUGGGGCGAUGCCGGUCUGCAGUACAGCACGCCGCUCCUCAGCAGGCAGACCUUCAAGAGUGUGGUGGGAUGCUUCAGCCAGUCGGUUUUUCAUUUUAACCACUCGCAAGCCCUGACAGGCACCUCAGCCGGGAAGCUGGUGGUGUGGGACGUGGUCAGGCCCCGCAGCCCAUCCGAGGAACCCCGGGUUGAGCUGCACAGCGUGAAGGCCAUCAAAGUGGUGCCUAUGCAGACGGAGAGCAUCACUGUGCUCAUGGUGUUUGAGAGUUGCAUAGUGACUGGCGAUGUGAAAGGGCAGGUUAAAUUCUACAAUGGAGAGCUGAAAUUCCUCACCUGCUACAGCCACAGCAAAGUGGGUCCCAUUAGGUCCAUCUCCUUCUCCAAAGCUCCUCCUGGUGCCUCCCCAGCCUGCUCCACCUCCUUCGCUGACAGCAGCCAGCCCUUUGCUGCCAGGAACUUUAUCCUUUCAACCUCUGAUGCAACUGUGUUCCACGUUGCAACAGACAAGAUAAACUUUGAAAAACUCAUGGAAGAGGCGAAAAAAGCUGUGAAUGCCAUCACAUGCCACCCCUGGCAGACACUCCUUGCUGUGGGAAGUCACUGUGGGCUGCUGAAGGUGUGGGACUACCAGCAGAACAAGUACCUCGUCAGCAGGAUAUUCGUGGAGGCAGGCAUCCAGUGCUUGUCCUAUGACCCUGAAGGUUAUUUGCUGGCUGCUGGUUUUACCGAUGGAAGCGUUUACAUUCUAGAUGCCAUUUCCCUUCUGUCCAGCUGCGAAAAGUUCAAGCUCUCCCGAGGUCCUGUGACUCAUAUUAGCUUCUCUCACGAUUCAGAGUACCUCGCAACUGCUGAUGAGAACUACUUCGUUGCUGUUUACAAGAGAGUCCUGCGAAAGGGGAGCAGAUGCUGGGAACACCUAGCAGGGCUGCACUCCCAUUACAAACCCAUCAGGAGCAUCCUCUUUGGGGUCCAUUCAGACAGCAAGAAGCCCAGGCUGCUGAGUCUUGGGGAGGACCGGCAACUGGUUGAAUAUGACCUGAACAGAAGCAGCAAGGACCACUUGGUGGUCUUGCACAGGAACCAGGUAGAGCAGUUUGCUGUGCCCCUGUGCUUGGCCUGGUACCCACAGCUCAGCACUGAGUCCUUUAUCCUCACUGCCAAUAACUGCUACAAAAUGAAGCUCUACAACACAACAACCAAAAUUUGCAGAAAGACCCUUUUGGGACCAACCUAUGGCUCCCCAUUGGAGAAGAUACAAAUCCUCCCAACAACAAAUGCUGUGGAUCCCCAGAUACGCUACCUGGCAUACGUUACAAAGGACAAGGUGGGCUUGCAGAUUUUGCCUAUUGAUGGUAACCCCCACAAGUCCUCAGCUUUCAUUUGCCACCCGGAUGGUGUCUCUGACCUUGCUAGCUCCUACGAUGGACACUACAUCUUUACAGCAGGAGGGAGUGACGGCACUGUGAUGAAAUGGGAGGUCAACCUCAAUGCCUUGGAUGCUGCUGCUUCCCUGGGUGGGGAGGACUUGAUCCCAUUCUACAACCUACUCGAUGGUGGCAGAGAAGGUGAAUUCUUCAGGGAACUAGAAGACUAUUUUUACUAUGUGCAGCUGCGCAGCCAUGGGAUCGAUACGCUGGAGACCAGGCAGGUGUCAACGUGCAUUCCCUUAGAGGAAAUUCCUGCUGUAAUGAGAGCAAUGGGAUUUUAUCCAUCAGAGAAAAAGAUUGAAGACAUGAUAAACGAAGUAAAAUUCAGCAAGUAUGCGGAUACUGGAGAACAAGUGACACAAAUCAAUUUUGGGGAUUUUCUGAAACUUUAUAUAAAUCAUCGACCUGCAUUCGGCUUGUCAAUAAAAAAAAUACAACAAGCGUUUCAGGUUCUUGGUUACGAUAAUGAGAAUGGAGACAAAGUUAUUGACAGAGGAGACUUACUGUUGCUGCUUCAGUGCCGAGGAGAGCAUAUGACAGAGGACGAGCUGGCGCGGUGUCUGACCACCCUGAUGGGCAAGCAUCCUGGGGGAGAAGGAUCAGAACCGGACACCUACGAUCCCUCAGGUGCAGCAGCUUUAUCUGAAGAAGAAAUUCCAGAGGAAAUCACAGCAGAGAUAUUCGCUGCUGACAUUCUUGGCUUACCUAUUGCUGAAACAGAAAAGAAGAACUGAAAAAAAAAAUAAUAAAGAAAUGAAUCUUU